GCGACAGUUAAGCAAGAAAGAGCAUCACAUGACGGAUGGGUGGACAGUUGAGCAGUGGGGUGUUUUGUAACCGGUAAGAUGGAUUCCAUGGGCAAUGAAUCCGCCAGGGAGGUGAAUGAUACCGACACCAACAUCUCCAACGAGUACACACCGUCGUUUUCUCUCACAAAAACGGUAACUCUUUCCAUCGUACUCGGUAUCAUCUCCACAAUGACAGUCAUAGGGAACAUUUUUGUGAUUGUUGCUUACAUCAAAGACAGACGCAUCAGCGCUACCGUUGCCAAUUCAUUUAUACUGAGUCUGUCUGUUUGCGAUUUGAUAGUCGGUGCUGUCUCGCUACCCUUGUACUCCAUAAGGAUCAUCCUGGGCUACUGGCCAUUCGGGAAGAUCCCCUGCCAGAUAUGGCUCGCUCUGGACUACACCGUAGUCCAUGUUGCCGUCUUUACGAUCAUUUUCAUCAGCCUUGAUCGAUACUGGUUGCUGACCAAAAAACUCGCCUAUGCUACCUUUCAGACGCACAAACGCGCAGCUAGCAUGAUUAUUGCGUCAUGGCUUAUCAACUUGCUGUUUUACUCCACGGUAGCCUUUCUGUGGGGCCCAUUGGCAGGCGUUGAUAAAAUAGACUAUGACAACAAUUGUGAACUUGAAUCUUUGGACAGUCUGCCCUUUCAGGCUUUUGAAAUAGUUUUCAAGUUCUUUAUUCCAUUGCUGAUAAUAGUCUACUGCAAUGCUCGAGUAUACAUCAAUAUCAAGCGCAGAUCACAAGGUAUAUUUCAGAAGCCUCAGCAGUCUGGCGAAUUGUCAUUCGGAGGGCCAAGUGUUAGCACAAGAAAUCACGAGGCAAUAUCAAAAGAUGCAACACAAGAGCAGUCGAUGGACGAAACGAGAUUGAGCAACGUUGAGUGCCAUUAUUCCACGAAAAUCCACGUUCCAAGAACAGAAGGGGGUCAUAGUAAUACCGGGUUUGAUGGGAAACUGGAAGACAUAACCAUCAGUCUCCAGUCAUACCAAAGCCAGUCGCCUGCUGCCACUGGAUUGGACGACAAUGCAACUGUCACAUGUGCGACUGACAAAGCUACCGUCGAGGAAAGUCUGAAACGCCCGACAGGAAGGCAGAGCAACAGUCCUGACCAAUUUCACAGAGGCACACGUAAAGAAUUCAAGCGGCACAGGAAGGCAGCGGUGACACUGUCGGUUCUGGUGAGCGUCUUCACAGCAAUGUGGUUGCCUUUUUACAUGGCAUCACUCUUGGUUGCCAUUUGCGAGAACUGUUUUUCUGAUCUCGCCUGGAUAGUGGUAAACUAUCUGCUGUGGUGUAACUCGACGAUCAAUCCGUUUCUGUAUGCGCUUCUUGUGGUGCAAUUCCGGCAGAAUUUUAUACGCUGGUUGAGACUGAUACCGUGCACGAAAUGAUCAUGGAUUGCGAUCUUGUCGUGUUGAAAUUACCACCUUGUAAUGAAAAUGUCUCACUGUUAGUCUUAAGAGCAAUCUCUGACUAAUCAACAUUUCUGGUUUCCACCAGUUCUGCAAACAAAACCCAAAAUAAUGAAUUUGGUAGGUGUAGGCCUCAGUGAAUAUAUGCACUUUUUGAAGACUUGAAAAUCCUCAAAUGUACCUAUAAAGCUGAUCUGAGCAAGUUUGAUUAGCCUGGGAACUAUUAUGCUGACUCGUGGUUGAUACGGGAUGAAUAUAAUGGCGAGGUUUUCAUUACGCACAAUGUGCAAUGUUGACUUUAUUAGAGCUCAUCGCAUUACGCAUACACAUUACGUAACCGCGCUCAGAUGAUUGCUGAUAGUUGUGAUCAACGUGGAGAACAGCGGCGCUGCUUGUAAGUCCAAAACGGACAGUAAGACCCAGCAGCUUUUCAAAACGAACAAAAGUAAACAAAAAACUAAUUGUCCGAUAGUUUAUGAAUUUGCAACUGAUUUGAAAUUGGACUCGUCUAUUUUGACUGAAAAUGGAGGAUGUACUUUAUUUGACGUCAAACGUAACUGCCAAACGUAACAAAAUCCUUAUUCUCAAAUAGUCUGAAAGGUAUGAUGCACCAAAAGCAGUCGUAUACUCUGAAUGUGCGAGAACAAAACCUGUGUAAUAUCUCUCCUGCCAGCAGCAAGAUACUGAAGUAAAGAAUGAGUGAAGUGGUUACAGCAGUUCUGAGGAGAAAGAGUAUCAAAUUUCAAUUUUUGAAUUAUUGUAUGUAAUAAUAUUCUCUUUUAAUUCAUUGCUGUAAAUU